AUGCUAUGAAUAUACAGACAUCACGACAAAUUAAAAAUAGCCCAUAUUCAUUAGUAUUCGGUCAAAACCUUUUACACCACUUUUCAUUAUUAAAAGAGGUCAAAGAGCGACAUAUUAAUAAUAAAGACAAAUUAUCCAAUAAUUGGUUUGAAACUUCCGAGCUGCAGGAUGAUUUCGAUUGA